AUGGCUGCACCCACCGCACAUUUCGACGACGACUGGCCGGUUUUAGGUGCAUUGAGCAUGGUUUCAGACCGGAUCCUCUCGGAUGAUGGUGAUACCCACCAGCUCCGAGACUUCUGCUUCUCCUCCCCGGAGGGAAACGGAGCUCUCCGGUGCACCGAGGACCUGGUGGACGAUUUUGACGAGAAGUUAUCUGUGUGCUUCCGAAAAUGUAACGCCAAAACGGGCAGCAUCGCUCCGGUGGUGACGGAGGACUCGCUGCUGGAGGAGGACGAAAUCUGGAAGGUUUUGACCAGUAACUAUGGGCGUGUGAUGCCGGUGGAUUGGAAACAGUCUCGAACAUGUUCCCUCCACGUCGCCACAUUCGACCUGGAGGAGAAACCCAGAAAGACUGAUGUCACGGUGGAGCUCUCUGACGAUGAGGAGCUGAGGGAGCAGCUGGACAUGCACUCCAUCAUCGUCUCCUGUCUCGCAGAGGAGCCCCUCUUCACAGCAGAGCAGGUUAUCGAGGAGAUAGAGGAGAUGAUGCAGGACUCUCCUGACAUAGAGGAAGGGCCCAAUCCCUCUCAGUCAGACCUCUCCAUGCUCUCGCUGGACGUCCAGCGUUCCACCAGGAGACCCAGCUACGAGUCCAGUGUGAAGACCCUUAGUGUUUCGCAGCUGAAUGAACGCCUGGGGGAGACUGAGACAAACAUCAGGAUGUUCUCAGAGGAGCUGGUGCAGCAGCUGGCUCUCAGGGACGAGCUGGACUUUGAGAAAGAGGUGAAGAACAGCUUCAUCUCGGCUCUCAUCGACGUACAAAACAGACAGAAGGAGCACCGGGAGCUGCUGAAGAAGAAGAAGAAGCUUAAAGGCGGAGCUGGGACGUCGCAGGGCCACGCGGAGAAGACGCUCGGAUCACUCUUCAGCAUGGGGAUCUCCUCUGUCAUUCAGAACAGCUUCCGGCAAACUUUUGGAAGCGGCUGCAGUGACAAACAGUAUUUGACCACAGUCAUCCCUUAUGAAAAAAAGGGACAUCCUCCAUCGCUUGAGGACCUCCAGAUCCUGACUAAGAUUCUACAAGCUAUGAGAGACGACAGUGACAAGGUGCCCAGUCUCUUAACAGACUAUAUUCUCAAAGUGCUUUGUCCAACGUAGACCAGAGGGACGGUGCCCAACGCUCUGCUGAGGCUUCAGAUAGUUUACCAUGGCAACAAGAUGAAGAGGAC